AUGGCACAGGGCGGCAGCGAUGGCGGCGGCUGUGGAAUGUCGAUCGCCAGGCGUGCCGGCAACGGGACAAGCGACAACACCGACAUCGGCUACAACAACAACAAUAACAACGACAGUGACGUUGGCACCGGUAGUGGUAUCUCACCGACUGAUCGGGGUCCCCACCAGCAGCGGCAAGGGGACCACCGACAGCACUCGCUUCCUCGCGAGACAAUCGGCCAAGACCGUGGCGGCGGCGGUGGCGCUACGAGAGGCUAUCUUGAGCGGAGGAGCACAAGUACCGUCGCUACUAGAGAACCUACCGUCACCAUGUCUCCUGUCGCACCGUUCCACAUGGCGGCGGUAGGGGGGCACCAGCACGUGAGGAUGAUGACGAUGCAAGACGGACGGCAUGUCGAGAGAGAUACUGCCGGCAGCGGUAACGUCUAUAGAGUAGGCGGGGCAUCUCGUGGCGGAAGCGGCACGGGGGGUGGUGGAAGAGGCAUGGAGGGGUCGCGGCGAGGCGUUGUACCCGCGCCGAAGCGGAGAAGACCUCCCUCCACUGCCAUCGCGACGUAUUCGUGGAGCGUGGAGCCGCGGAAGGGCGGAGUGCGGGAGAAGCUCACGGCGACCAUCGAUGCGGCAGACAUGGCUAAGGUGUGGUCGAACGGGGACGUGGUGAUAAACACCGCGGGGAAGGGCAUCACGCCGGCGACCAAAGUGAUCCUAAAUCUCUUGCUGGGCGUCUUCAAGGUGGAGAUCGCGGAAAGCGAGAGAAAAAGCGGCGGCGACGAGAGGGAGCCCAAGACGUGGCACAUCGAGCACAAGAGCGGAUACAAGCAGCCCUUCUCGGAAAACAUGAACAUGUCCCUGUUUCCCAACCGGGAUUGGUCCUACAUGAAGACGAGGCUGAAGCGGCUACCGACGAAGAUAUUUCUCCCGAAGGAGCAGGAUUUCUUGGCGCUUCCCGCGGACGGAGGUUACGUCGACGAGGAGCAGGAAGAAGGCGGGCAGCAGCGGUGGCGGCGGCAGCCAGAUCUCUUGCCGUCUGCCGCACGCCCUAGCCAACGGCAGCGGCGCGAGCCACCGCCGGUCAGCAACGGAUAUCUUCAUGACGACGACAACGGGGGUGGCGCCGCUACCCGUGUCGACGACAACGAUCGUCAGCCGUGGCCCGGCAAUAAACCAAGCAGACCGGCGCUCGAUCGCCAGCCAUGGCCCGGCAAUGAACCAAGCAGACCGGCGGUCGGACACGGAAGCGAGCAAGGCGGCGCCGGUGAACCGCUCCCCCCGCCUCCGGUAGGGGUCGGCAGAAACGGCGAUGUCGUGCCCUCGGCGGCGUUCGCCGCUGCAGCGCUGAAAGAAGGAGUCCCGCCGCACCUGAUCCAGAGGCUCAUGAGGGCCGUGGGCGCUUCGGGCGGCACCGCCGCAGCGGCCAUGGCGGGCGACGGGGGGGACCCUGUCGUGGAAGACCUUUUCGCGGCUGCGGGGGGCGGGCGGGGCCGGGUGGUCGGCCGGAGGGUGUCUCCGCCACCCGUUCCGGUGGUGUCGGAGGCGGUGAUAUCGCCUCCUCGAGGCGGGCACCCUCACGGCGAUGAGGGGCCCCGCGGUGAGUGGAAGGGGGGGGUCGGCGGCGCAGGCCCCGGCGCCGGCGGCAGGCGGAGAAGCAGAAGCCGCGGCGGGGGCGAGGGAGAACGGGGACGGUUUUCUUCGGUGCCUGCCCACGCUGAGGUCUGGAUGCCGUGGAAACCCGGGGACGAUUCUCUGAGCCCCCCUUCCCGAGGUAACCAGAGGCGCGACGAUUUUCGUCGCUUCGGACGAGAUCAUCAUGGAGGCAGAAGCGGGAGAACAGGGGCGGGGGAGGAGGGGGGUCGACGGUGGGACGAUGGCCGCGGGUGGGCCAGCGGCAGGCGGGGGGAUGAUGCGCCGCAGAGGGCAAUCCUCAAUGAUCACCGAAAGAACAACGGCGGCCACGGCGGCGGAGGUGGCUUUCGCGGCCGUGGGGACUCCCAAGGCAACGCUGGUGGUGGCGGCGGCGGCAACAGGCGCAACGGCCACCGGUACGGCUCGCAAGCAUCAUCAUUGUCAUCAUCGUACUUGCGGUCCCCGCGGCGAAGCACGGCUCCUUCGCCGCACUCUCGCCGGGGCGGGCGGGACGGGGCAGACGGAGGAGAAGGCCGACGGCGAGGGUUUCCGGGUGACGCGGAGGCGCCACGGCGGCAGGACGAUGAUGGCCGGAGGCAGCGGCGACGACGGCGGCGAGAUAGCAGCGACUACGAGACGGACAGGAGGCAAGGGGGCGGGGAUCGCAACGGCGCUGACCCCGGCGAAAGCGAUGGCAGCCCGGGUGGGACUGGGCUGUCUGUUGGUGGCGACGGGCUGGAGCGGCGAGACUCUUCCUACGACCCCGACCAGUUCGACCCUAACGCGUACGACCCGGGCGAGGUUACCGUUAAGCGGGACGCGGUGACCGGGAAGCCGAAGCUGACGCCGGCGGCGGCGAAGCAGCUCGUAGACGCCGUGAGAAAGGCAGGGGGGAGAAGGAGCGCUAGCGCUAGUAGGAGCAGCUCUAGCAAUGCGAGCCGUAGAAGCGACAGCCUUACGCGUGACGACGGCAGCAGGCGCAGACGCCGGCGAGGCACGCUCUCGCGGAGCCGGAGCCGGAGCCGCUCGCAGGCAGCCGUUAGUAGGCGCACGUCCAGGGACUCGAAGCGGGGGAGGGGGGCGUCCGGGGCAGGGGCCGGCCGCGAAGCUUCCGAAGAUAGGCGGGAUAGCGGCGAUUCAGGGUUUGACUACGGCACCGGAAAACGAGAGCGAAGUCCCGACCGGACGAGGACCGACGGCGGCGGGUUUACCGACGAUUGGCGUCGGCACGAAACCGUCGGGUAUGUCACACCGGCCUCUGCAGACGUGGACGUGCAUCUGCCGCCGCCGCCGCCACCGCCGGUGCGAGGCCAUUCCUACGACCCAGGGGUUCCACCGCCGGGUGGGGACCAGUUCGGGGACCGGUUCCACGGGGGUGUUGAGGGCAGCGGGGCGGCAUUCCCCGAAGGUGCUUCUUUCUCCACAACCCCCGGCGGGGCAACAUUUUCAGAAUCACCCGGAGCCGCAGAUGCAACCGCCGCCGCCGCCGCAGCAGCAGGGGCCUGCACCGGCAAUGCAUCACCCACCACCACCCCGCCGACAGCAAGAGUUUUCACACACCCAGCAACCGCCGCCUCCACUGCCGCCACAGCAGCAGCAGCAGCAGCAGCAGCAACCGAUGCAGCCGCCACAAGGCCUUCAGCAACAGCAGCCGCCUCACCUAGUGCUGCUGCCCCACCCCCCACCGACGCACUUUUUUCUGCCGGGCCGCUGAUACCAUGAAGCCACGUCUCGGAGGAGAAGCGGUCUGCUUUAACGACUGACGCCCCACUGCUGUUUGUUGGUUGAGAGGUGGGAUGUUGUCUGGUCGGGUCGUUUGGUGGCCCUACAUUUUUUCCUGUAGAGAUACAAGGGCGAGUCAUGAUGCCGUGUCAAGGUCUCCAAAUUGUGAGAUGGGUUGAGUUAAGGCCUGAUGUAUUGUGGAGCGGAUGCGUACGUAAGGAGGUUGUUGGUGUUCUGAGAUACCCUGGAUUAUCGGCAAACCGUUAACUUUUCUGCACCAUGAGUCUUUGACGCCCACGUCUUCCUCUGCUUUUGACGGCAAAGGAUUGCCGACAUGUAGAUAUAUCUGUUGCGAUGUACACCGGACUUGACCCGGUCGGGUUCGGCUAGAGGGGUUCUGCGAAAAGCGAGUGCUCUCGCCUUCUUGAUGCACCGCACAUUGGCCUUUUCGAUCAAAGUUUUGCUACCAUGACACGCUGCAUGGGCUGCUUUCAUUGCAGCAAGCCGUUGAUGAGAUGUCUGUGCCCAUCUGCUCUACCUUUGACAGCUUCUGCACGGUAUGUGAUACGAGUGAAUGACAUCAAACCUAUGAUUUUGGUUUUUUCUUCGACUUUUUUUGUCUUGUUCGAGAGCGCGCCCCCUCUCCCCCCCUCUCCGCGGAUUUCGAAGCUUGAAGCCCGAGUCUUUCGUUGAGGAGGAAGUACUUCAACGGGGUCUAUGGCCGGUCGCCCCGGUGGUCCAGUUGGUAUCCUCGGAACCUUCUAUUAUUGGUCUAGAGGUCAGGUCAGGGGUUUGAAUCCCGGCGUAAGCGAACUUUUCUUGCAAAGUGAGUUU